AUGGAGGAGGAGCUAAAGAAAUUCUUUGAGGACUGCCAGAAACAGAAUCUCUCUGGCCAGGACAUGCUGGCCAUAUGUCAGCCAUUGAUCUGGCGGAUCCGACUGGCCAGAGUGAAGCAAUGGGGUUAUAUUCUCCUGCCUUUGGUGGCCCUGUAUAUUCUUUGGUCGUAUUGUGAUACCUUUGCUUGGUUUCUGAGCGCCGUGGGGCGUAUGAUGCUCAUCCAGGUCUUGCCCUUGUGGGACUGGACACCCUACUACAAUGCCAAGUGCCUGAUUUCUCGAGGAGAUCAGCGAAUGCAGGAGCCUCUUUCCCCUCUGGGAAGAAGAGAAACCCUGCCGGAGAACUGCGUUCUUUGUGAGUCAAUAGAGGGAAUAGCUACGGCCUCGAAUGUAAGCUACUCCAUGUUGGAAUCUCAGUACUUGGAGCGUGGUCUUCCUGUAAUUAUCACCGAUGCCGGCUUGGAAACAACUCUGGGCGAUCUUCUAGAGCUCAUGGAGGUUAAAGCACCUGAGUGGCUAACCAGUGAGCCCUGCGAUGUCUCCAGUAAUCUCCUGCUGCGAAAACUCUUCAAUCUGGACGCAGCCAUGGAGAAGAUCCACUCGUGGCGAAAACAAACCUCAAAUCCCUGGCACAUUCAGCUAAGAAACUGCCAGAGGAAGGCAGUAAAGACCUCUCGCCUGUUUUUAGAAAGACCUUACUACUAUCCUUUCCACCUGGCGCCCUACUACUCCAGUUGGUUGCUGGCAGUGCAUCAGCAAAAGCGCAGCCAGACGGAGAUUUACGUGAGGGGCCUGAUCCUGUUUCAACAACUAAGUGGUCACUUUGAAGUGGUCCUUCAUCCCAAGGAUCCCUGUGGGUAUGGAGUGUGUCCCAGCCUGAGAAUGCGUCUGAAUAGCGGGGAGGGCCUGAUAUUCUCCUCGGACCUUUGGAGCCUCAGUUAUGGGCUGGAGAAGCCCCAAUCCAAGCAGACCUCCCUGGCCAGCGUCUUCGAGAUUGACUGGCAGCCGUAGAAACAAAAUAUACUUAGUUGGCCGAAAU